AUGCGCAUUCCGGUAGAUCCGAGCACCAGCCGCAGGUUCAGUCCGCCGUCCAGCAGCCUUCAGCCGGUGGCGGGGAAGAUGAGCGAUGCGCAGCAGGAGCAGAACGCGGCGGUGCCGAGACUCCGACAGCACGACAACCGGACGAUGGUGGAGAUCAUCGCGGACCACCCCGCCGAGCUCGUGCGGACGGACAGCCCCAACUUUCUGUGCUCAGUGCUGCCGUCUCACUGGAGGUGCAACAAAACUCUCCCGGUGGCGUUCAAGGUUGUUGCUCUGGGAGAUGUUCCUGACGGGACGGUGGUGACAGUUAUGGCAGGAAAUGACGAGAACUACUCAGCAGAGCUGCGAAACGCCUCAGCUGUCAUGAAGAAUCAGGUGGCGCGUUUCAACGACCUGAGAUUUGUUGGCAGGAGUGGAAGAGGAAAGAGCUUCACGCUGACAAUCACAGUAUUCACGAACCCACCGCAAGUGGCUACUUACCACCGAGCCAUAAAGGUCACAGUGGACGGACCUCGGGAGCCGCGAAGACACAGACAGAAACUGGAAGACCCCCCUAAACCGCCGCUGUUCUCCGAGCGCCUGAGCGAGUUAGAGCGUUUACGCCAGACCACCAUGAGAGUUGCCGUGCAAACCCAGAGUCCCCGGCCGUCUCUCAACGCCACGCCGAACUCCUACAAUCCGCAGGGGCAAACUCAGAUCUCAGAUCCGCGGCAGGCGCAGUCCUCUCCGCCCUGGUCCUACGAGCAGCCCUACACUCCUUACCUGAGCCAAAUGACGUCUCCCUCCAUCCACUCCACCACCCCGCUGUCCUCCACCCGCGCCACGGGCCUGCCCACCAUCAGCGACGUGCCAAGACGCCUCUCAGGUACGUCGGAUCUCAGUCCAUUCUCGGCCGACCCACGGCAGUUUGAACGUCAAUUUCCCGGUCUGUCCUCCCUCACAGAUUCCCGUUUCCCCAGUCCCAGAAUGCACUAUCCGGCGACCUUCACGUACACCCCUACGCCGGUCACCUCGGGCAUGUCUCUGGGCAUGUCCACCACCACCCACUACCACACCUACCUGCCUCCGCCGUACCCCGGAUCCACCCAGAACCAAAGCGGGCCCUUCCAGACCAGCAGCACGCCGUACCUUUACUACGGCGCCUCGUCCGGGUCAUACCAGUUCUCAAUGGUGCCGGGUGGAGAUCGAUCCCCCUCCAGGAUGCUGCCGCCUUGCACUAGCGCGUCCACCGGCAGCACCCUCAUCAACCCCAACCUGCCCAAUCAGACGGACGGAGGCGAGGCAGACGGCAGCCACAGCAGCUCGCCAACCGUUCUCAACUCCAGCGGCAGGAUGGACGAGUCGGUUUGGAGACCAUAUUGA